AUGGCUGCCUACAUGUUGGCGGUUUCACAGGAUAUCGAUGACCUGAUGGGACUGGACAACCUGGUUGCCAACACAGCUUACCUGAACGCUCAGCAGAUAGACCGCAAUGAGCUGAGGAAGCUGAGGCUGUCCAUGACGCUGCCAAAGCUGAAGAGGACGUCAGCUCUGCGGGCUGAAGUGGGGAAGAAGUACGAGUCUCUGUGUGAGCAGCAGCCCAUCGGGAGGAUGUUGUUCCAGAAGUUUCUGCGGACCUCUAACCCACAGUACAUUGCUGCUGCAGAGUUCCUGGAGGAGUUGAAUGUCUGGAGCUUUGCUGAAGAUAACGCCAGGGAGAAGGUCAAACAGAGCAUCCUCACCAAGUUCUGCCAACCCGAGUCCAAGAGCUUCCUAUCUUACCUUACAGGAGAGGCGGCUGAAAAACACAGGAAGUUAUCAGAGAAGAACUUCAAUGACGUUGUUCUGGGACACUUACGAGACGCCACCAAGGACUUUCUGAAGGACCGACCUUUCUCUGAGUAUCUGAAGAGUCCUGAGUUCUACAGGUUCCUUCAGUGGAAGGAGCAUGAGAAGCAGAGGAUCAGUGACAAAUAUUUCUAUGAGUUUAGGACUUUGGGGAGAGGAGGCUUUGGUGAGGUGUGUGCCAUGCAGGUGAAACACACGGGUCAGAUGUAUGCCUGUAAGAAGCUGGACAAGCGUCGUCUGAAGAAGAAAAGCGGUGAGCGAUUCGCCCUCCUGGAGAAGCACAUCCUGGAGAAGGUCAACAGCCUCUUCAUCGUUAACCUGGCAUACGCCUACGAGAGCAGGAACUUCCUGUGCCUGGUCAUGGACCUCAUGAACGGAGGAGACCUCCGGUUCCACAUCUAUGAGCUCGGCCAGAGGGGGAUCUGUUUGGACCGUGUCAUUUACUAUGCCGCUCAGAUCACCACUGGGAUCUUACACCUGCAUGCCAUGAACAUCGUGUACCGGGACAUGAAGCCUGAGAACGUGCUGCUGGACGCCAGAGGUCAGUGUCGACUGUCCGAUCUGGGAUUGGCUGUGGAGCUGCCAAAGAGCAAGAUGAUCUGCCAGAAGGCAGGAACGACCGGGUACAUGGCCCCUGAGAUCCUGAGACAGGAGAACUACCGCAUGUCUGUGGACUGGUGGGCUUUGGGCUGCAGCAUCUAUGAGAUGGUGGCUGCUCGUCUGCCUUUUAAAGACUUUAGAGAAAAGGUGCAGAAAGAGGAAGUGACACGUCGCACGCUGGAAGACGACUGCAAGUUUGAUCAAAAACGCUUCGAUGAUCCCACCAGAGAUCUCAUCAGCCGCCUCCUCAAGAAGAAGGUGGCACAUCGGCUGGGCUGCAGGAGCGGCGAGGAUCCGCGGAACCACUCAUUUUUUAAGGGCAUCAACCUGCACCGUCUGGAGGCCGGGCUGGUGGACGCCCCGUGGGUGCCAAAUCCAAACAUGGUCUAUGCCAAAGAUGCACACAAGCUGAGGGAAACCUCAGAGGUGGAGGACAUUUCCUUUGAUUCUAAGGAUCUCCAAUUCUUCAGAGAGUUCAGCACGGGCGCCGUCUCCAUCCAGUGGCAGAAGGAGAUGAUCGACAGCGGAGUAUUCGAUGAACUGAACGAGCAGGAAGUUAACGGUCACGGGUACGAAAGCAUCUGGACAUCCAGUGUGUGCGUCAUUUUAUAA